GGGGGGGGGUACUCAUCGUCUUGCAUGCGGUAGUCAUUUGACCAUUGACAUGCGUGCAAAGCCGGGGUGGAGCACGCCGGGCUCUCACCGGACCAGGAUCUCACAUCCCGAAGCAGGGGGGGAGUGGCCUACAGUGCGCCUUCAUUGUCACACCGUGCGAAACGUUCCGGGAACGCCUCCAAUGGGAACGACACCAAAGUACGCUGUGUUGCCGCGCCCCCCAGCUGUCGCGAAGGUCAUCGUCAUGGCAAGACUGAACGAGUGCAACUAGUCGCGUUGGUUCACGACAAUGAAUCAUGACGUCUUGAAGGGGUCGGGCUCGAUUUCACAGAGGGGCACCGAAUACCCUGCCCGUGAAUGAAUGUCGGGGCGAGAACGGACGAGUGAACAUCGCGAAGCCCGUUUCCGCGGAGCUCAAUUUUUUCAACGAUUACUAUC